CUGCUGAGCUGGUAGAUAAGUUACCUUUAAGCUCGUUUUUAUUUCUUCUACCAGAAGCAACAGAAACAAACUAGCGUUAGCAUGGUAAGCUAGUUAGCAGCACAGCUAACGUUACAGAAACUAGUAGCGUUAGAAAGCAACUUAAUGCUUCGCUUGUGUUCAGAGACUCUGAAUAUAAAGUAAACAAAGCACCACAGUUGGUGUUUACUAGUGUUGGAUAUGGACGAACCGGACACGGCGGAGAUUCUUCCCGCCGACCUGCUCAGCGCCACAUCCACUGACGGUGAAACCAACGGUUCAUUUGCCCACAAAGAGGAGGCUGAAGUACCGACGACACGCUCCGUGCGGCCGCCGUGUUCCUGCUCGCUGCCGGUGUCCGUGGAGCCCGUGUUGUUCCUCUCCAUGUUCUCUCUGGCCCUGCAGGCGCCUCUUUCCACGCAGUAUCUGUGGGACCGCAUCAGCGAGGACCUCGGCUAUAACGGCUCCAAGAGGUCGGAGUGCACUAACGGCUCCGGGCACGCGGACCCUCUGCAAACGGAGGUGGAAACCUUGACAGCCCACUGGAACCUGUACAUCAGUCUUGCCGGCUUCUCUGUCGGCCUGCUGGUGGUGCCUCUGCUGGGCUCGUGGAGUGACCUCAAAGGUCGCCGACAUGUCCUCAUCAUCUCCAACCUGGGCAUGGCCGUCCAAGCGGUGGUUUACCUGGUGGUGAUGUACCUGAAGCUGCCUGUGGUCUACUUUCUCUUGGGCAGGCUGCUUAGCGGACUUUCAGGUGAUUUCAACGCCAUCCUUGCAGGCUGCUUCGCAUAUGUGGCUGACAUCAGCGACAGAAGGUCUCGCACCUUCAGGGUGGCCGUCUUGGAGGCGUGUCUGGGCCUUUCAGGGAUGCUGGCGAGCAUCAUAGGAGGGCAGUGGCGGCGGGCACAAGGGUACAUCAACCCCUUCUGGCUGGUCGUGGCCACUAACUUGGCUUCGGCCCUGUACGCCUUCCUCUUUGUCCGUGAAUCUGUUGUGCCCGACCCAAGUGCCAAGCUCCUCACGCUCCGUCACUAUAAAGCUGUCUGGCACCUCUUCUCAACGGGAGGCAGCACCAGUGAGGCGGGUGGAAGGUUUCACAGAUGCAAGCUGUGGCUUUACAUGCUGUGUUUCUUCCUGGUUGUGACGGUUCACUUCGGCUGCAGGGAGUUGUAUGUGUUGUAUGAGCUGAGCUCCCCGCUGUGCUGGGGGCCGGCCCUCAUCGGAUACGGGUCAGCAGCGCAGCACCUGGCCUACCUCAGCAGUCUGCUGGGGCUGAAGAUCAUGCAGCGCUGCAUGGAGGACUCCUGGGUGGCUCUCGUGGGUCUGGCCUCCAACAUCAUGGGGCUGGUGGUGUUCUCUGUAGCUGACACCACCCAGCUCAUGUUUACAGGUUACGGUCUGUGUUUCCUCUUCAUGGCUGCGACGCCUGUGCUCAGGUCAAAGCUGUCCAAGCUGGUGGACCCAUCAGAACAAGGUGCCCUGUUUGCCUGUGUUGCCUGUGUGGAGAGCUUGUGUCUUCUGGUGGGCAGUGGUGUCUUCAACUCGCUGUACCCAGCCACACUGCACUUCAUGAAGGGCUUCCCCUUCCUUUUUGCUGUCUUCAUCCUCUUCGUCCCCGCUGGAAUAAUUGGGACCCUGCAAUGUUUGGACCAGAGAAGAGAGCUCAGAGACUCCACAGCAUCCUGACCUGAAGUGAGACAGGAACCUGUCAGAGUCAGAGUUCAGUCUGUUAGGUAAGCAGCUCUGACACAGAGACGUCAAUCCGUGCCGCCGGGAGAGACUUUUGAUCCUAACGCACUGAUGAGGCAGCUGAAUGAUGUUAAUUAGUGACCAAGUGACCAAGACCAGAGGAUGAAGAAUUAAACUCCAGACUGACGUGACUGUGUUUAUAAUCAGAUCACCUGAUGUUCCAUCAUGACAUUCAUACAAAUUUUGUAAUGCAAAAGGUUUGAUACAUACUUUUAUUUUGUGAUUUGAUACAUUUUUAAUACAAUUUCAUGAAUGCCAAAGAAUGUAACUUAUAUUUCCGUAUUAUACAGUCAUGGAAAAAAUUAUUAGACCAUUGUUUUCUUCAAUGUCUAGCCAUUUUUCAUGGUUUUCUUGAUAAUAACCAAAAUCAUUAAGAAAACCAUGGAAAAUGUCAAGAUAUCAGCUCUUAAAUCAAACUCUUAUGAGCUAUUUUUGUUGUUAUCAUUAUAUUUUUCCAAACAAAAUUACCUUAAGUUGUGCCAGGCAUUAAAUGAACAAGAAAACAAGGGUGGUCGUAAUACAUUUUUCCAUGACUGUACGUCUUGAUUUCAAUAGCUCUAAUUGCACACUGCAGGCUAAGGAGCUAACCAUAUGAGGACAUUUACAAACUCCUCAGUUGUUCCAAAACAUAUCAAGAAUGGGUGCAACUUAAUGUGUUCAAAGAGGGGGAAAGGGGACAGAAAGUUUUAGAAAUACAAUUCACAGUAUGUUUGUUUUUUACAAAAAAAAUGUCUAUUCACAGGGAUAUCCUAAAUCUGUUAGUGGAAGUUUACCUUACAAUGAUGUUAUCACUCCAUGCAGAGACAUCAUCUGUGCCAAAAAACAAACAAACCCAAAAAGGAUGCAUGAUAUUGGAUUUUUUGCCGAUAUCCGAUAUGCUGAUUUUUUUACAACUUGUUUAGCUGAUUACCGAUACCAAUAUUUUUUUCCAGCUCAACUAAUACCCACAAUCAGGGCAAAUUUGGCCAAUUUCCCAAUUGACAUAAUAAGUAAACAUAACCUGUGUUCACUGGGAACAUGUGAAAAGUCAAAUUGUACAGCAAUUAAACCCAAAUUCAAUAAAACUACAUGUACCUUACAGACUGCUGCUUAAAUUGAAAUUCAAGUUAAAAAAGGAGCCCAAUAUGUGACGACUGAGGCCCCGUUUACAUGAGGACGCUUGCGGGUAAAAACGACAAAAUAUUUUAUCGGAAGUGCCAUUCGUUUAG